AUGUCUAGCACAGAACAGCCAAAAAAGGAGAGAUUUGCUCCAAAGGAGCCGGUGACUUUGAACCAGCCCAAGGAUGACCCAAUUUCUCGCGAACAUCUUGCAAAAUGUGAUGGCACCAAUGAAGGCUACCCCACCCUAGUCGCCAUUAAAGGAGAUGUCUUUGAUGUGAGUGGAAAAGAGACAUACGCACCCGGCAAGGGUUACCAUGUGUUCGCGGGUAAAGAGCCCAACCGUGCGCUCGGUAUGUCUUCUCUGAAGCCAGAGGACUGUGUAUCGGACUUCUCCACGCUGUCCGAAACAGAAACAAAGACCCUCAAUGACUGGCACACCUUCUUCAGCAAAAGAUACAAUGUUGUCGGACGUCUUCAGCCUGAAACCGAAUCACGGAUCUGA